AACACGUGGGUUGGGUUGUCCGGCGCGCGGGUGGAGCUAGUGGAUCCUCAAUUUUGGUGGUGUCCAUCGUGGGCAGCGGACUAAUAAAGGCCAUGGCACCGGCGGAAAUCCUGAACGGGAAGGUGGUCUCCGCGAUACAUAAAUGAGUGUGCCUAUCACAAGUAUACAGCUCAGUGAAUUUUUUGCAACUGAACUUACCUGAGUAACUAGCACCCAGAUCAAGAAGUGGCAUUGGCACCCCCAGAAGCCCUCCCUCCUAUACCUUCCAGUUACCACGCCCCGCAAAGGCAAAUAAGGGAGAGGCUGAAGAACCAAGUCACUCAGAUGAAGGAGCAAAUUCCUGGGUUUAUACCAGGCCUGGCGAUUUUACAGGUUGGCGACAGAGAUGAUUCUAAUCUUUAUAUAAAUGUGAAGCUGAAGGCUGCUGAAGAGAUUGGGAUCAAAGCCACGCACGUUAAGUUACCAAGAACAGCCACAGAAUCUGAGGUGUUAAAGUAUGUUACAUCAUUGAAUGAAGACCAGACUGUCCACGGUUUCAUAGUACAGCUGCCUUUAGACUCGGAGAACCCCAUUAACACUGAAGCAGUGGUCAAUGCGAUCAUACCCGAAAAGGAUGUGGAUGGGUUAACUAGCAUUAGUGCUGGAAAACUUGCUAGAGGUGACCUCAAUGACUGUUUCAUCCCUUGUACGCCUAAAGGAUGCUUGGAACUCAUCAAAGAGACAGGGGUGCAGAUCGCUGGAAGGCACGCGGUUGUGGUCGGGCGCAGUAAGAUAGUCGGUGCCCCAAUGCAUGACUUGCUUCUGUGGAACCAUGCCACCGUGACCACCUGCCACUCCAAGACGGCCAAUCUAGGCGAGGAGGUAAAUAAAGGUGACAUCCUGGUGGUUGCAACUGGUCAGCCGGAAAUGGUAAAAGGGGAGUGGAUCAAGCCUGGGGCAAUAGUCAUCGACUGCGGGAUCAAUUACAUCCCGGAUGAUACAAAACCAAAUGGGAAAAAAGUGGUGGGUGAUGUGGCCUACGAUGAGGCCAAAGAGAAGGCGGGCUUCAUCACUCCUGUUCCUGGUGGCGUGGGGCCCAUGACGGUGGCAAUGCUGAUGCAGAGCACAGUCGAGAGCGCAAAGCGUUUCUUGGAGAAAUGUAAGCCAGGAAAGUGGAUGAUUCAGUAUAACCACCUUAACCUCAAGACUCCUGUUCCAAGUGACAUUGAUGUAUCACGAUCUUGCAAGCCGAAGCCCAUUGGCAGCCUGGCCCGGGAAAUUGGUCUGUUUUCUGAAGAGGUGGAAUUGUACGGUGAGACAAAGGCCAAGGUUCUGCUGUCCACACUGGAACGCCUAAAGCACCAGCCUGACGGGAAAUACGUGGUGGUGACGGGGAUCACUCCAACGCCCCUGGGAGAAGGGAAGAGCACGACCACCAUUGGACUGGUGCAAGCCCUCGGCGCCCAUCUUUCUCAGAACGUCUUUGCGUGUGUGCGACAGCCUUCUCAGGGCCCCACCUUUGGAAUAAAAGGUGGCGCUGCAGGAGGCGGCUACUCACAGGUCAUUCCCAUGGAAGAGUUUAAUCUCCACCUCACUGGUGACAUUCAUGCCAUCACUGCAGCGAAUAACCUUGUCGCCGCGGCCAUCGAUGCCCGGAUGUUCCACGAACUGACGCAGACAGACAAGGCUCUCUUCAACCGUUUGGUACCGUCUGUAAAUGGAGUGAGAAAGUUCUCUGAUAUCCAAAUCCGAAGGUUACAGAGACUAGGCAUUGAGAAAACCGACCCUACCACACUGACCGAUGACGAGAUAAACAGAUUUGCAAGAUUGGACAUUGAUCCAGAAACCAUAACUUGGCAAAGAGUAUUGGAUACCAAUGACAGAUUCCUGAGGAAGAUCACCAUCGGACAGGCUCCAACAGAGAAAGGAUACACACGGACGGCCCAGUUUGAUAUCUCUGUGGCCAGUGAAAUCAUGGCUGUGCUGGCUCUCACCAGUUCGCUGGAAGACAUGAGAGACAGACUGAGCAGAAUGGUGGUGGCAUCCAGCAAGAAGGGGGAGCCCAUCAGUACCGAAGAUCUGGGGGUGAGUGGUGCAUUGACAGUGCUCAUGAAGGAUGCAAUCAAGCCCAAUCUCAUGCAGACGCUGGAGGGCACUCCAGUAUUUGUUCAUGCUGGACCGUUUGCCAACAUCGCACAUGGGAAUUCCUCUAUCAUCGCAGACCGGAUUGCACUCAAGCUUGUUGGCCCUGAAGGGUUUGUGGUGACUGAAGCAGGAUUUGGAGCAGACAUUGGAAUGGAAAAGUUUUUUAACAUCAAGUGCCGGUAUUCUGGUCUCCGCCCUCACGUGGUGGUGCUUGUGGCCACGGUCAGGGCCCUUAAGAUGCACGGAGGCGGCCCCACGGUUACUGCUGGACUGCCUCUCCCCAAGGCUUACACAGAGGAGAACCUGGAGCUGGUUGAAAAAGGUUUCAGUAACUUAAGGAAACAAAUUGAAAAUGCCAGAAUGUUUGGAGUUCCAGUGGUAGUGGCCGUGAACGCAUUCAAGACAGAUUCGGAGGCUGAGCUGGACCUUGUCAGCCGCCUUGCCAAAGAACAUGGGGCUUUUGAUGCUGUGAAGUGCACGCACUGGGCAGAAGGGGGCAAGGGCGCCUUAGCCCUAGCUCAGGCCGUCCAGAGAGCAGCUCAGGCUCCCAGCAGCUUCCAGCUCCUUUAUGACCUCAAGCUCCCAGUUGAGGAUAAAAUCAGGAUCAUUGCUCAGAAGAUUUAUGGGGCUGAUGACAUUGAACUGCUUCCUGAAGCUCAACACAAAGCCGAAGUCUACACAAAACAGGGCUUUGGGGACCUGCCCAUCUGCAUGGCCAAAACACACUUGUCCUUGUCUCAUAACCCAGAGCAGAAGGGUGUGCCCACAGGCUUUGUCUUGCCCAUCCGUGACAUUCGCGCCAGCGUCGGGGCCGGUUUUCUGUACCCUUUGGUAGGGACGAUGAGCACAAUGCCUGGACUCCCCACGCGGCCCUGUUUCUAUGAUAUUGAUUUGGACCCUGAAACUGAACAGGUGAAUGGGUUGUUCUAAACAGAUUGCCCCUCUUCAAGAAGCUGCUCCGAACAUUUGGCCGGUGUCCAUUCAGGCCGACUGUUGGUUAGGAGGUGUGGGGAAGUCGAGAGAAGUCAGCCCCUGCCCUGAAGAUCGUAGGAAAUGAAGAGCAGGCGUUUCCCCAGUAGCCUUUCUUCGGUCUUAAUUCCCACCAUCAUGUAUAAAUUAACAUAAAUCAUGCACAAGUCUGCUUUAUUGAAGUUCCACAGAAUAAAAGGAAAUGAUUUUGC